GAUUCACAGUCUAAUUAAGAGAAAACCGGGAGCGAGAGUGCAACUUCCACAGCGCUAGUGGAGAGCCUGAUGGGUGUGGUGAUAAUACAGUGUUGUCUUUAGCCCAUUUAGCCAAGAUACGAUGAUGUUCCGAUCCAAAGAAAGUUUACGGCAUGGGUGUAUCUGCUGUGUAUUAAAUUCGACAGUCUCAGAGACGGUCGUGUGAACAUUAUGCAUUGCAAAAACACAGGGAUGACGUUGCCUGUGCAUCCUAUACAAUUCCUGUGAUGUACAAUCAAUUAGAGCAGCUUGAAACGCUCAAAACAAGAGUGCGAACGACUCACAUAUGAGCACACGACCGAGUGAUCAGUGAAAUCAACUCCCAUAGAGCCCGAAAUGGUGCUGAACUAGCCAAGACCGGACUAGGACUCGGACUCACCUGGAGAAGUCGAAGUUUUAUGAAGAAGAUGGGUGAAAGCGUCAAGGCAAGGUGUUCACAUGCGACGGUUAGCGGACUUGCAAGCCGAUUGAAAAGGAGGAGCUGCGGAUGACAAAUUCAACGAGGCAUUUGAGAGCAAAAACGCACCGGUGUAGAGCUCGUUGCAGCAAAUGUCUUCUUGUGAAAACCAAGAUCCUCUCGCGUAGUCCGUCUCAGGCUCGCGUACCGGCCGAACGUGCAAAUUACCCCGGAUUUGACAACGUGCUCGCUGCCACCCGGCUCGGCACGGCAGGAUACAGCAACAAUGUGCCAUGAUGGCAUCGUAGCCAUCAAAGAUACAGCUCAAAGCGCUUUACUUACGUCCGAGUCGCGCCCCUAGUCGUGCAGCAUGUCCUUGGCUAGAUUUAUGAAUAUACAUUGCCAUGCAUUUCCAGCAUGUACUUUGACGCUAGGACAAUGUUGUAAUGGUAGCGGUUGGGUGUUGCUUUUGACUAAUGCAGAAGCAGUCGAUGGAUCUAACGCCGAGUAAACACUGGCCAAACCCCCACAAACAGAGAGUCAACAUGGCCAUUGACCUGUAUUCGCCCUCUUCAGUGAAGACCGAAAACCUCCUAUGUUUUGCACUUCAUUUGUC